GCUUCACUCUCUUGAUCUAUCAACAACUUAUCAAUGGCUGCCGCCUUCCCUGUUUCUUGGAACUAUCUCUCAAAGAACCACCAUCAACAUUCAAGGAAAUUCUCGAUUGGAUCAUGUUCCAGUUCUUCAAAAUAUCCACACAAACAAGACCCAGUAACUACGUUUCUUAAAUCCAUCAGAAAUACCCAAGUUUCUGCCCCAAUUACGGUUCGCGGAUCUUCAUCCAAGUUUAGUCAACCGGGUACUCGAAGAACUCGGUCUAAUCGGGUCGUUUCGUUGAAAUCUGCUGGCUCAGAUAGCAGCAUUACCUCCAAUAUACUGCAAACUGCAUUGGGGAUAGUUCAUUUGGUUGUUUCACUUGGGAUCAUAUUGGCCGCAGAUAAAUACUUGAAAGAGGCUUUUGUUGCUGCUGCAAUUAAGUUUCCAAGUGCACUUUUUGGGAUGUUUUGUAUAUUCACGGUUCUUGUGGUUCUUGAUGUUACCAUUCCAGCUGCUGCUAAUGGUUUGAUGAAUUUCUUUGAACCUGCACUCUUGUUCAUUCAAAGAUGGCUUCCUUUGUUCUAUGUGCCAUCCUUGGUAGUUUUGCCUCUUGCUAUUCAAGACAUCCCAGCAGCUUCAGGGGUCAAAAUCUGCUUUAUUUUAGUUGGAGGGUGGCUAGCUUCACUUGCUGUUGCAGGAUAUACGGCUAUAGCUGUUAGAAAAAUGGUAAAAACAGAAAUGAUUGCUGCCGAACCUAUGGCAAAACCUUCGCCUUUUUCUCCACUAGAAGUGGCUGCUUGGAGUGUGAUUUUUGUUGCAUCAUUUGUUGGGGCCCUUAAGUACCCUGAUUUGCUUGGAACAAGUGCUAGAACAUGUUUACCAUUCUUGUUAGGAUCUACAGUGAUAGGCUACAUGGUUGGUACCGGGUUACCAUCUGGUCUGAAGAAGGUUUUUCACCCAAUCAUCUGUUGUGCACUAUCAGCUGACCUUGCAGCAUUUGCUUUUGGAUAUUUUUCCAAGUCUGGACUUUAUCCAAUUCUCGGAUAUUACCUUACUAAAGUCUCGUCUGAUCCUGGAGCUGGUGACAUUUUAAUGGGGUUUCUGGGAUCAGUCAUCCUCUCCUUUGCCUUCUCAAUGUUCAAACAAAGAAAGCUUGUUAAACGACAUGCAGCGGAGAUUUUCACAUCUAUCACCAUAGCAACUUUAUUCUCUUUGUACUCGACUGCACUUAUGGGCCGACUUGUUGGCCUAGAACCAACCCUAACCAUAUCCAUUCUACCUAGAUGUAUAACUGUCGCACUUGCUCUCAGCAUCGUCUCGCUUUUUGAAGGAGCCAAUUCAUCUCUAACUGCUGCUGCUGUUGUAUUGACUGGUCUUAUUGGAGCGAACUUUGUACAAGCGAUGCUCGAUAAACUUCAAUUCGAUGACCCUAUUGCUCGAGGAAUCGCAACUGCAUCUAGCGCGCAUGGAUUGGGAACGGCAGCGUUAUCGGCAAAAGAACCUGAGGCCUUGCCGUUUUGUGCCAUAGCAUAUGGUUUAACGGGUAUUUUUGGUUCGCUGGUCUGCUCGGUUCCAGUCGUCCGACAAAGCUUGCUUGCUAUCGUUGGUUGAGUCCUCCGAGUCGAGCCAUGUUUCUUGAUCCGGUGACACUAAGCCGAUGACUGGAUCGUUCAUUUCGCUCGUCAAUUCCCGUAAAUGUGUAUAACGUGUUGCGUUUUAGGUCCAAACUCCAGUAACAGCUUCAUUCGUUUAUACCAUUUUAUAAGUUUACUGGAGUAUUAUUAUUCUUUAUAAAGCAAUAAUGAAUGAUGUGUUGAUUUUAUUUAUCAAAUUUAAUAUUAUUUUUUCAACAUUA